UUUUCGGGCUGCGUUGCAUUGUUUGCAAAUAAAUACAUAUAAAUAAAAGGAAAAAAAUAGUAUAAAACUGUUAAAAACGUGUGCAUGAAAUAUAAUUUAGCCAUUUUAUUACAGCUCUACUUACGAGUUACGAGCAUAGGCUUCCCAGGCUUCCGUGUGCGUAGUUCAUAGGACAUUAUAGUUUUCCACGGGAAAAUAUUAAUGGUUAUGAAGAAUGAGCAGCCAACACCAAUAUAUGCCGGUGAACAAACCCUCGGGUCCCAGAGUAGGGGACAUAGAACACAUCAAUCAUUUAUCUGAGCACAUUGGGUCUCUGUGCUUAUCAUCAGAGUACUCGGAUGUGACCUUAAUCGUGGAGGGCCAAUGCAUUCCAGCACAUAAGGUCAUCUUGGCAGCAAGCAGCGAUUACUUCAGAGCCCUGUUGUAUGGCGGGAUGCGUGAAGCUAAUCAGGCUGAAGUAGAACUUCAAGCACCAUUGCUUGCAUUCAAAGCUCUUCUACGCUAUGUGUACUCUGGGCACAUGGGUCUAUCCCUUCUGCGUGAGGACACGGUACUGGACAUGCUGGGUCUGGCCCACCAGUUCAACUUCCCCGAGUUGGAGGCUGCCAUCUCCGACUACCUGCGCCAGGUGCUAGCUCUGAGGAACGUGUGCGCGGUGCUGGAUGCGGCCAGAUUAUAUGGACUGCAGGCACUCAUGGACUAUUGCUACAACUUCUUGGACAGGAAUGCCGAGGAGGUGCUCCAUCAUGACACAUUCAUACAGCUGUCCGUAGAGGCACUGCAGGGCCUGCUGGAGCGCGACUCGUUCUUCGCGCACGAGGUGGACAUCUUCAAGGCGGUGUAUCGCUGGUUCAACGCCAACCAGCAGUGGGUCAACACGGAAACGGGCCGCGCGCAGGCGGACAAGAUCCUGUCGGGCGUCCGUCUGACGCUGAUGAGCCUGGAGGAGCUGCUGGGCGUGGUGCGGCCGUUCUGGCUGGUGACUGCCGACGCGCUGCUCGACGCCAUACACGACAAGACGCGCACGCGCUCCAGCGACCUGCCCCACAGAGGGUGCCUCGUGCCCGAAGAGAACAUAGCGACACCGAAGCGCGGCGCGCGCGUCAUCACCGGCGACAACCGCGCCGUGCUGCUCGACGGCGACACCGACAACUACGACAUGGAGAACGGCUACACGCGACACACCAUCUGCGACGACAGCCCCGGCAUCGUAGUGCGCCUCGCCGCCUAUACCAUCAUCAACCACAUCCGCCUGCUGCUGUGGGACAGGGACAACAGGUCGUAUACUUACUAUAUCGAGGUGUCGGUGGACCAGCAGGACUGGGUGCGCGUGGUCGACCACAGCGGGUACUUCUGCCGCUCCUGGCAGAACCUGUACUUCGCGCCGCGCGUCGUCCAGUUCAUACGCAUUGUGGGCACCAGCAAUACUGUUAAUAAGGUGUUCCACGCGGUGGCGUUAGAGGCGAUGCACACCGCGCGCGUGCCGCCGCUGCGGGACGGGCUCGUGGCGCCGCGGCACAACGUCGCUACCGUCGAACUGUCUGCCGUCGUCAUCGAGGGCAUCAGUCGUACCCGUAACGCCCUGCUGAACGGCGACACGGAGCGCUACGACUGGGAGCAGGGCUACACGUGCCACCAGCUCGGCUCGGGCGCCAUCGUGGUGCAGCUGGCCCAGCCCUAUCUGCUGGGCUCCCUGCGUCUGCUGCUGUGGGACUGCGACUACCGCCACUACUCGUAUUAUGUCGAGGUCUCGCUCGAUAACUGGCACUGGGACCUAGUGGCUGAUAGGACGCGCGACGCGUGCAGGUCGUGGCAAGUGAUUUACUUCCCUCCGCGUCCAGUCUCCAUCAUACGUAUCGUCGGCACCAACAACUCCGUCAAUGAGGUGUUCCACCUGGUGCACUUGGAGUGUCCCGCGCAGGUGGAGGAGGGACGAGAGGACCCCGCUGCUAAGAAGCAGAAGCCCGACCCUCGUGCCCCCGCCGCGCCGCGUGCCCCGCCCAGCGCCGGCUCCAGCGACAGAGAUAGCAGCAGAGGCAACAGCACAGAGCGUCCGCGUUCCCCAUCAGUAUGCUCGGACGGGGGCGAGGUGGGCGCGGCGGGUGCGGGGGGUGCGGGCGGCGCAGGGGGUGCGGGGGGAGCGCGGCGCUCGCUGCCGCCCGCCGAGACCGCCACGGAGGCGGAGGAAUGAACGUGCACGUGCGCCGCGUACGCCGUGCGACUGUGUCGCGCGCCGCUGACCGCGUCAUUGGCCGAUUACAUUAGGAAUCUUUUCUAAAUUCACCACAACUAGUGCUUUUAGAAAGAAGUUAUGUAGUAGGUAGCGUCUAUUAUUUAGUUUGUAAGCAUUAGUGUUAUCUAGUCCUAUUCGUUACGUUUUAUUUUUAAAAGUUCUUAAUUUUCUCUUGAUCAAUGAUGAUUGUUUUAAAAGACGCACUUUGCUUCUGUUAGAGACUGUUAAAGAAUUAAGUGUAUACGACAAUUUUAAGUAGACUUGUGGAGUAAACUUUUGCCUCUUAGAUGCGAUUCUCUUUCUCGGGAGCUUUAAAAAUCUAUUUUUUACAGUUAUUGCUAAAUGUAGGUACUGCACAAAAUAUAUUUUUCUAUUUUGUACUUAGUAAUUUUCCAAAUGUAGGUGUAUCUACUUGAAAGCACAGCUUUUCAUGAUAUUAAAUGUAAAAUAAUGUAAAAGUUGCGAUCUAAAAAAAAGUAUUCUAAUGUAAAAUUCUAAAGUUCAGUUUAAAAUCAUGCCGAUACACGACACGACGCAGCGGUGUUUUUAGAUGUAUGCUACAUCGCUGCGUCGAGUUAAUAUCGAUUUAGUAUCGUUCUAAGGGUCGAAAUACACAACGCCAAAAUCGGUUACAAAAACAUCAAAAACCCGUAAUGAAAAAAAACUAGUAGGCGAUUAUGUAUUGGUCUAAAAGUGGAAAGCAUUGUCUCUUGGCUGGGUUUGACUAACCCUAAUACUAUUUCUCUGCAUUUACUUUACUGCUAAAUGGAGAGCCUAUUGCUACAUAUCAGCGAGUUGUGUUAUUGUUGUGAUAAAAUUACUUUUUAUGUUUAUUAUAAUAAGUAGUUAUGUCGGCAUAAUGGGUAGUAGGUAGUAAUUUUUUUUCCUCAUGAUAUUAAUAAUUUUAUUUCAAGACUAAAUAUUUUAAUUUCAAACUUUUAUGAUAUAAAAAAUAAUUUUCAUUUUGAUUUAAUCAAAGCAAUCAGGCUUGUAAUAAUCUAAUCUUAUUCACAAAAUAUAUUGCUUACCUGCAAAGUGCAUAGGUAAUUUUUACUUGUUACUUUGACUAAGACAAGGGAAAGUGUAAAACAAACUUUAAUGGGACAUGAUGAUCAUGAAAUAUGGUGAUGACGAUGUUGAUUUUGGAUGCCUGCUUUAAAAAUGUAAAAUAUGAUCACCAAAAGCUUCCAUGAUCAUUUUAGAAAAAAGUAAAAAAAGUGUACUGUGAUAAUUUGAUUGACUCGAAAUGUGGAAGGUUAUUUCAUUAAAGAGAAAAUAUAUUUUAAGCAAUUGUAACAAAACUGUAUUUAGUGGUUUAUGAAUAAACAUCUUCAA